AUGACCAAAUCUCCUUCUCCAAACUCAGAGAUCACCUUGCUACUCCGUCCCCACGUCGUCAAGCGAGAGUCCUCCGCCCUCGAACAGAACUCUUCGAUCCCCGUCGCAACCCCGUCAAUAUCUGGAGCCGGAAGAGGACGUCCCAAUGGAGGACGAACUGGAGCAGACGAAUUGAACGAGUUUCCCGGGAUCGAAGACCUGGGUUCGAGGCUAGCACAGUCUCGAAUUGUGACCAAUCCUGUUCCUCCCGCUACUCCCGCGCGGCAAUCCAGCGACGAGCUGCAAGAAGUGGGGUAUCUCACUCCGUAUGUCGCCUCCGCCAAGAGCAAGAAAGUCGCUGUUGGCGAUCGUGUGGAGAUUUCGCCCUCUUCGGUGACGGUCAGCAAUGGGACUGUAACCGUGUCUCACGGUUCGACCGUCACUCGCUUCCAUGACGUACGGGUUCGAGCGUCUCCUCACCUGUCCAGGGGUCAAUUGAUCCUGGCCACAUAUCUUCAGAAGAACAUUGGAAACCGUGCCUCAAACGUUCAGGCUCUGUGGACCGGUAUGCUGGCUCUGCUAAAAGAUCCAGACCUCGUGCUAGCAGAAGUGGAUGUCGAAGAUCGCUGUGAUGGGUGUCGCAACAUCCAGACCAAGUUCCUCCCCCCCACCGUGAAGAAGAUGUCGUGUAUGGCCCCCUUAUUCGUCGCCCCGGACGAUUCGAUCCAUAUUGGUGGCAAAUGUUACUAUUGCCAACUAACCGCUCGUCCCUGUUCCCUCGCUUCGUCCGGCAAACAUGGCUCCCGGUCAGCGCCGAAAAUCACCUAUCCGUUCCAUCGGUCCAUGUUUCGGGGGUUCCAAGUUCUUGGGGGGAUCCUAGUGUCAAUGGUAGACGAUGGGAAUACCUCCCUUUCUCAGCUGGGGGUGACGGGUUUGAAGGAAUUAACUAGAAUGGCUAAGGACCUUGAUCGCUCCAAAAUGGUGCCGGGAAUGUUCGAAGAAGCGGACGACGUCCUCGCUGUGUCCAAGAAGAGACUUCCCAUCCCUCGUUAUCAUUGGAGGUAUCGUCCUGUCCGGCAUCCGUCCGACUCCGAGUACACUGAUGAGGACCGCCCCUCUAAUCCUUCGGACGUCGAAUCAGACGAUGUGUUCGUCGAACAUGACCGUUCGACUAAGGGAAAAGGGAAGGAGAAAGCUGCUGUCCGGCCACAGAAGGGAAAGAAGGGUAAGGCUGUGGAAAGGAAGCGAAAACGCGCGGUGGAGGAUGAGGAGGAAGAGCAAGAAGAGGUCCAACGGGUUUUGCGUCCUCGAAGGUCGAAGGCUAUCCUUCGAUCGUCCUUGGUAACGCCGCCCAUCGACGAAGGAGAGGAAGAGUGGGAACCCGACUUCGAGACUUCCGGCGAUGAAGAUGAAGAGCACGCGGGUCCGUCGACUAGGGAGGCGAGGAAGAGCAGGUUGGAAAGGAGCAAGAGGGGGACAGGACGUAGGUGA